AUUACCCAGAUGCCAUGUCCAUGGCUAGCACUAAAUCAGCGUUUCUUGCAGGAUCGUGAACUCCUUUGAAGCCCAUACCUUAGCAAGAUAAGGAAGACGCAGCUAUCUAUCAAAUCAAAAUAUAUUCUUGGAUGGGCCAUCAUGGGAAUACUACUCACCAAUCACGAGCUCCCUGUUUCUCUUCAUCUUCGUCAAGGCAAGGGCCGGGGCUUGACGUACUCAAGCUCCAUGCUUUUUUCAACUUCUGCCGUCUCGUCCUGCAUGAUUCUGGCACUCUGCCUUGCAUUAGAGCAAUACGAGUGCUAGGUACCCUGAGUAUGUCCUGGUUCGGUAUAUCUGGGACACUCCUUUCUCAACGUCUGUCUUAUUCUACUUUCACCGUCUCGACCGAGAGCCGGACUAGAGGCUCCGAGGACGUGUUUCAUCCAGAAGGUCGGGAAGUCGUGCGUUGCAAUGGAACCCCUAUGUCUCACUGCUUUUCAAACAAUCCGGAAUUUCGACAGCCGCGUCCCAAUGCGAUAUGUCGCAUAAUAUUCCGAUGCUUGCUGCAUAUAUUGCAUAAAUUGGCCGCAUGGGUUCCCGUCUUUCUAGGACCCACAGCGGCUCAGUCCUCGAAGGCCCCGUAUUAUUCAAUGAGCAUUUCAGAACCUCUCUUGGAAGUUGGAAUUCCGACUUCCCGUGGCAUUGCUUGUAAUGCCUUGUAGUCAAGUUGUCGAGCAGAGAAAUUUUCUGGAUGGGCGAAUGCGACGAUGUUUGCACUGAUCCGGAUAUAAGAUUAAUAUCGACCUAGGGAAGAGAGAUAUGACGAAUACGACGCCCUUGUCCUACACACAUUCAGGGAAUGACGAAUUUUGAUACUAACUAAACACCAAGGUCCACCAGGCCCU